UUUCGUUUGAUGGAAUUUUUCUCUUAUUUUUCUUUUAUUGAAUUUUUUCUGACUUGCUUUGUUGUUACAUGCUUACCAUAACACCGUUUUUGUUUCAAAAGUUUUAAGGAGCUUUUUGUCGUUUCUCUCUAAAAGAAUAAUGUUGAUACAAACUGGAGUAUUAUUAAUUUUUAAUGCUUUCAAAAGGGAUACUUCAAAUAAAGCCUUUUGAUUUAGAUGUUACAUAAUACCUCCAUUUGACGCUGCUGUAAAAAGUACAACAUAAGAAUCUCUUCGCGACUGAACUUCUUUUGAUUACCAACAAUGAGCAAAAAGGUUUUAAACAAAACUACACCAACAUAUUUACACCCAAAAAAUCCGUCAAAAUAAAUGUCACCUUUAUAAUUCUUCCCGGUUUAGUUGAACUUUUAAAUUAUUUUUAUAGGAAAUGAUACAAUUACCGAAAACUAAACGGGACCCCAAGGAAACUGAGGACCUAUGCAAAUGCCGACCGAUCUGCAAGAGUCGGAGACGUGAGUGGAAAGGGCAGAUACAGAACACGUCGGCAGAACUGCUGCUGGAAAGGAAACCUCUCCCUCUCUGCUUCAAAAGAUGGCCUUCGAAAGUGUACCCGAACAGUCCGUGCCCGCUGUUUGGGCGUACGCGUCGCAUCACCAUCAACGAGCGCAACUCGCUGCGCGUGCCGCAGGUCGUGCGCAUCUGCCAGGCGCCCGUCGACGUCUCCGUCGAGACGCCAUACCUCGAGUACGCGGAGAAGGCUAAGGCGCUAGGAGCUUGGGGUGCAGUGAAAGCCUGUUGCGCGUUCUGCGAGUGCUGCGCGUGCUGCCCGUGCGGCGUGCGCGAGUACGUGCUGCACGACGCGGAGCGCGUGGCGCGACGACGCACCGACAUGCGGGAGUUCGACGCGCGCGUCAAGACGGACCACCACAUCAUGCGCAUCAUGUAUGAUAAGCCGUGACGGACCUCCUAACCUUAUCAAACAUAUCUUUACAUGGUUUAUCUAUCCAGGGGAGCUACCGAAACAUUUAAGUAAUAUUUUUGAAGUUGUGGAGAAGACGCUGUUCUACGUUGUUGUCAUAUACCGUCUCACUUAGAUAUCUCCUAUAAUUAUUACUUGGAAAUUUGGCAGUAGGCCCUCAGAGAUACUUGCCACAUCAAUUUUCCAUUUAAAAUAAUCGACAGGGAAAAUUAUUUAUCUUCGAGGGCUUCCGUUCAAAA